AUGAGCUUCCCCAGAUUUCAAGCCGCCCCGAAACCGACUCCCGGCCGCAAUCAAGACUCACGAUACCAACACCACAACACCCGCUCACCACAAACCUCGCACCCAAUCGCAUCUCCACCCCCAAAGAAUGCCCUUCAACUUCCUCUCCCUGCCCCGAGAACUGCGCGAUCAAAUCUACAGCUACGUCCACCUCCCACCGCCAUCACCCUCCUACAUAGAAAUCCAGCACACGCCCCGUCACCACACACCCACCAAACCAUCCAAAUCCAAACACCACCACCACCCCAAACCCCUCACGCAGAAACCAUACCAGCCUCCCGCCCCAACGAAGCAAAACUUCCGGCUGCUCGUAAACCCAAAAUCAGCAGGGUACGACGAACCCCAACUGUUCACUACCCUCUCCCUGCUGCGUGUGAACCGUCAAAUCCACGCGGAAACCAAACACUUGUUCUGGAACCAUGCUAUGUUCCAUUUCCCCACUUUCUAUGAAUCGGUUAGGCAGGUCGAGCGCAAUGUCCUUGCGGGGGGCAAGACUAGGAGAUCUCCCACGACGACCCUCGGCGUCGUGAAGACGCUGAAGGGGAUGGGACAGACUUCCUCGAGACUGAUUUCUCAUAUCAAUAUCCAAAUGAGCGGGUCCGAGACAGCGACGACGUAUGCGCAUCUCCCGAGAGUUCUGCAAGUGUUGCGCAGUCGGGCGAGACAUGGGGCGUUGCGGAAAUUGGAGAUGUGUUGGGGAAGUGGUGCGUUUAGGGCGUUGGUGGAGAGUGUGGAGGGGGUGGAGAUGGGAAGGGGGGGAUUCGAUGUUUUGCUCGAGGCGUUGAGGAGGGGGAGUGGGGAUUGUGGGUAUGAGAGGGUGGUGAGGAUUGAGGGGCUACGGGAAUUGGAGGGCUUGGGGGAGAUGUCGGAGAGUGUUUGGACGACGGUUAGGGAGCUGCAUUUUGCUUGUGGAGGGAGGUUGUAUUGGGAUGAUGUUUUGCUGUGGGAGAAUUAUGAGAAGGUGGGUAGAGGAGUGUUGGAUGGGAAUCAGGUUGGAUUGGUGUGUUGA